AUGAAAUUUGAAGAUAUUGAAGAUGUAGUUCUUCAUAAACCUGAUAUGAGGAAGAAAAGACAAAUUACUUCUGCCAAAACCAAACCUUCCACGAGUAGAAGAACCCGCAACCCUACCCCCAUCACCAGCAACUCUUAUUCUGCCGAGAGCGCCACAAGUAGAAUAGAUGACGAAUCCUCUCCCAUGACUCCAACAGCAACAACUCCCCAUGAUAGAUGUAGAUUUGAUGAACUUACGAAGGAACUAAAUGAACUAAAAACUGAAAUGAGAACUGAAAUAAAUCUCAUAAAAGAGAUGUUAAACCAACUACAACAACAAUUUGGCAUAUUAUCAGCCACACUAGGGGAGGAACAGAGAAAGAGAAGAUUUAAUGAGGAAUAUGUGGAUGUGGAGAAAAAGAAGGUGAAUGAGGAAGACAAGGAUGAGGAAGAUUUGGAGGAGAUAGAUGAGGAAGAUUUGGAUAAGGUGAAUGUGUUGAUUGAGGAUUUGUUGAAUGAUGAUAAUGAUGAGCUUAUGGAGAAGAAAGACAAUGAUGGGCUUGUGGAGAAGAAAGACAAUGUCGGGCUUGUGGAGGAGAAGAAGAAUGAGGAUGUGUUGAUUGAGGAAUUGUUGAAUGAUGAUAAUAUUGAGGAUGGGCAUAUGGAGGAAAAGAAUAAUGAUGAUGUGGUUGAGGAUAAUUUGGUGAAUGAUGAGAUUGUGGAGAAGAAGAUUGAUGAUAUUGAGGAUGGGAUAGUGGAGGAGAAAUUCAAUGAUGGGAUUGUGGAGAAAAAGAUUGAGGAUAUUGAGGAUGGGCUAGUGGAGGAGAAGAACAAUGAUGGGAUUGUGGAGGAGAAGGUGGAGGAUAUUGAGGAUGGGCUAAUGGAGGAGAAGAACAAUGAUGGAAUUGUGGAGGAGAAGGUGGAGGAUAUUGAGGAUGGGCUAGUGGAAGAGAAAGUGGAGGAGAAGAACAAUGAUGGGAUUGUGGAGGAGAAGGUGGAAGAUAUUGAGGAUGGGCUAGUGGAGGAGAAAUCCAAUGAUGGGAUUAUGGAGAAGAACAAUGAUGGGAUUGUGGAGAAGAACAAUGAUGAGAUUGUGGAGAAGAACAAUGAUGGAGUUGUUGAGGAAGCUGAUGUGCUUGAUGAGAAAUUCAAUGAUGGGAUUGUGAAGGAGAAGGUGGAGGAUAUUGAGGAUGGGCUAGUGGAGGAGAAGAACAAUGAUGGGAUUGUGAAGGAGAAGAACAAUGAUGGGAUUGUAAAGGAUGAGAAGAUGGAGGAGAAGAAGGUGGUGCAGAAUAAGAAGGUGGUGCAGAAGAAGGUGGACGAUGAUUUGUUUGUGGAAAAAGUGGACAAGGUGCCGAAUAAGAAGGUGGUACAGAAUAAGAAGGUGGUACAGAAUAAGAAGGUGGUACAGAAGAAAGUGGACAAUGAUUUAUUUGUGGACAAGAAGGAAAACAAGGUGCAGAAGAAGGACAAGCAGGAGGUGGAGGAGAAGGAGGAGGAGGAUGUGGUGGAAUUAGACGAUGCAUCCCACAUCCAAUUUAAGAGAAAGAGGUUGAGGUCGAAAGCUCUACUUAGUCCAUACACCGUCCCUCGUCCAAACAAGAAGGUGAAAGAAGAUGUUGAUGAUCCAAUCAUUGUCGAUCCUAUGGCGAAGACACGUAAUUGGCUAACUGAUGUGGAGAUCAAUGCCGGAUGUGCUCUACUAAGAAAAAGAGCAUUCACCUACCCUAAGACGCACGCGACGGAUUUCACCAUCUUAGAUUGCCAUUUCGUCCCAUUGUUUACAUCACACUAUGACAAAUUUGUUGCUGAUUCGAUUGAUGCUGAUAAACCACAAGGACAUUAUUUUGAUGAAUCCUUGUACUUGUACUGCUGGGUAGAGAAGAUAGACAUAUGCUCAAUUGGAGCACUGCUGAUGACAUUUACUUCCCCCUCAACCUCGACCUCAAACACUAAGCACUGUGUGUUCUACGAAUGA